UGCAAUUUUGAAAUUAGAUAAUGGUGCAUGUGGUAUCGGUGCAUGCAUGGUCAAAUGUCAAGAAGAUAUGAAGAGACAUUUUCAACGAAUAACUAGUUGUCUGCGUUCCGACUCCAACUAUCCGGGGCUUGGAUUGAGUCAUGGCAAUUCAAUGACAGUGAUGGAGUUUUACAAAGGGACAGAACAUAAUAUUGAUAUCAUUUUAUAUGAUAGAAAGCUUGUGUGGGCAUUUGUUACUGACAGUGGAACAGUGCGACAACACUGCUUUGUAGCCACAGCUAAGCGGAUGCCAUCAUAUCUUCCAUAUGACCAAAAGAAUCGGAUUACAGACACCGCUUUUAGAUCCUGCAUUGCAAUAGGGCUUACGGAUGGGUUGUUCAAUGUUGAAUUCAUAUGGACUUCAAAUGGGCCGAAAUUAUUGGAAAUAAAUCCUAGAAUAAGCGGAUACGUUUUACGAGACUGGCUGCAGAAGUUGUACGGAAUUGAUAUUAUGGUUUAUUCAAUGAUGGUUGCCUGUGGCAUAAAGCCUACAAUACCGGAACUCACAACAAACAAAAUACUUAUGGGCGUUAUGGUCAUGCCUUCUCUUCAUGCUAAACUUCUGACAGAAGACCACUGUAAACAGAAACUUUUUCAAAUGAUAGAAAAUGACGCCGUUUUCUUCCUUCAGUUCCGGAAACUUAAGGAGACAUUGUCACAUUAUGAGGUACCUUUCGGAAAUGUUGCUGUAACUGGCACGACUUCAGAUGAGGCCAAGCAGAAGUUACUUUAUGUAUGCAGAGAGCUUGGUAUUGAUCAAGAAGACUAUCGAGUAGAAGAUUUUAUACAGACCUUUUAGAUUCGUUUGAUAAAUUACAUAUAAGUAUGCAAUUUUAAAUGUAUAAAC